CCAUCAAGCCUCCGCCCAUCCGCCCACCAGCCCUUUCCCGGUGCCAAACGGGCGUCGUCUCUUCCCUUCGGCAAACAGUCUCCUCCUCAGCCUGGUGGUGGUCGCACAAGCCCUUCACAUCCCUUCGUUCACUUACAACCAAACAUGCCGGGCCGCAAUAAGGAGCUCGAGGCCGAGGUGAUGGCGUGGGUGGAGGCCGUCCUUGGCGAAAAGCUCCCCCCAGGCAACUUCGAGGACGUGUUCCGCGACGGCGUCAUCCUCUGCAACCUCAUCAACAAGCUGCAGCCCAACUCGGUCAAGAAGAUCCAGACUUCGGGCGGAUCUUUCAAGCUCAUGGAGAAUAUUCAGAGGUUCCAGGAAGCCGUGAAGAAGUACGGCGUCCCUCACGAGGAGAUCUUCCAGACAGCUGAUUUGUUCGAGAGACGAAACAUACCUCAGGUCGUCCUCUGCAUCUACUCGCUCGGCCGCCAGACGCAGAAGCACCCCGAGUACCAGGGGCCGACGCUGGGGCCCAAGAUGGCAGAAGAGCAGAAGCGGGAUUGGGACGAGGACCAACAGAGGAUGAUGCGGGACGGCCAGAUCGGGCUGCAGAUGGGCUACAACAAGGGGGCGAGCCAGGCUGGGCAGGGGGCCAUGAACCAGACGCGUCACAUGUAAGAAGGAAGGAACGAAGGAAGGAAGAAAGGAAGGAGGGCGUUCUCAUUUCCUUACGUCGUUAUUCUCAUCGUCUUCGCUUUCCUUUUUCCCUCCUGUGACGGUGUCUCCCUCCUCGCACCAUCCCCCCCGUCUUCCCCAGCUCCACCUCCUACUUUUCGUUUCGUGAUAUCUUUGCUUAUUUGAUCUGUCCUUCCUCCUUUGCCUUCUUUGCAUAAUAUUCUUCCUCGCCCUCUUUACCCAUUCUUCUUCCUCCUCUCCCUCCUCCUUCACCUAUUCCUUUGCCCUUUCCUCCGUUGAUUGUCUAACCCCAUUAGCAUUUUCAUGGCGCAGUCUCUCAUUAUUUACAUUUCUUCAAAUUAUUUUCCUUUUUGGUUUGUCUUAGACCCUUUCCUUUAUUCGUUCCUCUUUUCUCCCUUCUCCGUUCUCUUCAUACACCCUUCUCUCUCAUUUGAGCAUUUACCCUUUUCCUUAAGAUUCGAAAGCUGUAUCUCCUUAUGUAAGAAGUCAAAUCUGCCUUUAUUUUCAUCAAUAAACUUUCACAUUAAC